GAGUCACGCGUGGCCUCGACGCCGAGCGCAACAGCGAAAGGGAAAGUGCAGCAGCGGCGCGUCAUGAUUAACGUCUCCUCCUUCUUCGUCUCCGUCUCCGUCUCCGAGCUCAUGAUCAGACUCAUCGUCGAGCAUCGAGCCGCCUGAACGAGCGCCUGAGUCGAGUCGCUGAGUGUGCUCGUGGGUAUCGACAGAUUGCUUCUAGCACCCAUCGGUGUUCCAGCUGCCACGGCACAGGUGCUCAAAGAGAGCAGCAGCAGCAGCAGCAGCAGCAGCGAGUGCCUCGCUCUCGGAGGUUUCCUUCUCUAGUUUGAAGCAACCAUGCCAAUGGAUUCCGAAUCGGCUGAUCCUCUGAAAGUCGCUGCGCUGUCUCUCGAUGAGCGCGACCCCGCCGAGGCUCAGGCGAAUGGGAAUGGAUAUCAUCCAGUCGGGAAUGGAGAUACCGCUACGGAUGCUGAUGAGGACAAAAACUGUGGAAAGAAGAAGAAGAAGAAGAAAAAAAGUAAAGGCAAAAGUAGUUCGGACAAACCUUUGCCAACACAGAAGAUUGUUGAUCAGUUCUUUCCCUGGACAGCGGUGAACAAGCAAGUUGUUGGUCGUUGCGCAAUUGCAUCCAGGGACAUAAAGGCAGGAGAGCUCGUCGUUGCGGAACACUGUUACGCGUUUAUUCCGCGCAGGCAUGAUCGCUCUGUAGUGUGCCAUUCUUGCUGCUGUGACAUAUCUCCUCCGGCACAAUCUUUUGAAUGCCCUGGUUGCCGAUAUGCAAUGUAUUGUAAGGAUUGCAAAGGACGAGCAAUGGAGGAACAUAAACAGUUCUGUCGAGUUUCCAAUCCAAUCAGUGGGAUUGCAAAAAUUGCUGAUUGUGACGAGGAUCUUCUACGCUUCGUUUUUGCUUUGGUACUCAAGGGACGCAGUCACAAAAAAAUGUCGAAACAAAUAUCUAAUGGCGUAGCUGUUGAUGGACUUUCCAACGAUGGUACUGUCCAAGACGGGAUAGUAUAUCCUUCCUAUGAGGAUUGCAUUUCUCUGAAGACGCAUAGUGAAAAAGCAACUCCUGCCUGGAAAGAAUCUGUGAGAAGGGGAUGCCAGCUGUUAUAUGAAGAAGCCGUGAAGUUGGGAGCUCAAUCUGUAGAUAAUUUGGAUAUAACUUUAGAUGACUUGGAAACUCUUGCUGCAUUGGUAAAUACAAACUCACAUGGUAUGGGGGCACAUGGAGCGGGAUUUCACAAUGCCGACGUAGCCGUGGGGAUCUUUCCCUUUGUAUCGAUGCUCAGUCAUUCAUGCAGACCGAAUUGUUGUUUUUCUUCGGAAGGCAAAGUUAUGUACGUGAGAGCAACCCAAGAUGUUCCAAAAGGCAGUGAGUUGUGCAUAUCAUACAUCAACCUGUAUGAACCAAGGAGUACAAGGAAGAUGCAACUUGCUGUCAGCAAACAUUUCCUUUGUCGCUGCCAACGCUGCUCCGAACCAUUUGUUCACUCUGUUGAUCGUUACCUGGAGGGCUGCAUGUGCACUGUACGCGGUUGUGGAGGCGUGGUAGUUAAAACCUCUUCCAUGAUUGAGCAAGAUCCAACAUCAGCUCCAGGGGAUUCCUUGACUCUUCACAACAGUUCUUCAUGGAAGUGUGACCAGUGCGGUCGACUUCUCGAUCCAAAAUUGUCGACAUAUCCGGUAGACCCGACCUCCUUGGGUGACCAUCCAUGGCAACUCGUCGCAAGUGCUGAGGCAGAGCUAGCUUCGGCCAUGAGUAUGUAUAGAGAGCGUCGCUUCAAAGAGUCUCGUGUACUGCUGGAACAAUACAUAUCGCAAUUCACUGGGAAAUUGCACCCGUUAAAUGUACUCCUGUUUGACGCCUUGACGCCGCUCAUGAAUUGCUGCCGUGCUUCGGGUGAUGCGGCGGAGGGAUCACGCAUCUGUCGCCUGAUUUUGAACUCUAUGGAGAAAGUUUUGCCCGGAGUUUCUCUGGAACAGGCGAAUUUCUAUUUCUGUUUGGGCGAGAUGUAUACUCAGAGGGCUGAAUCAGCUGGGACCAAUGUUAUGGCUAAGCAUUACAAGAAGCUGGCACAGGAGACCUUUCAACAAGUAAGAAGAAUACGGGAGAUAUGUUUGGGGAAGCCUUCUCUUCCGUCAUCAUAGAAAGACGGUAUUUUAUAUCCGGAAAGGUUACAGUGGCAGCCUUUGUGGUUGGUGGAGUAUCAAUAUCUGGAUCAAGUUUCAUGACCGGCCCCUAGUCUUCCUAGGGCCCUAGAUUAAAGGUUUUCAAAUUUCUCGGAUUCUCUUUAUGCGGUGUCGAUUACAUAAAGAUGCAUCACAUUGAAGCAGCUUUUGUGUGUGAUCAUACGGUCUUGUGUGAGUAGUGAACUGCUCUAGCUUGUACUCUUUGGCAUUGCAUUCAUUCGUGACACGUUCUACUUUACGAUCUCUGACACUUUCCUUCAGCAGUUUUUGUACAAGGAGAACAUUUGGGCAGACGGAUUCAACCCUUUAUUUCCCCGCCUAUUAUUGCAAUUGUCCUUUGCUCACAAGUUCCGUGAUGGUGUGUUCCCGCAUACAUCGCACUCGUCGUCGGGCACCAUUGAGUUGAAAGCCAGAUUUACAAACAAUCUCAGAAGCUAUAAAGAUGUUUCGGCCAUCCUGUGACUACAGACUCAACAGAGUGCUAUAACCAGAAUUGGAUGUAAUUGUGUCCCACGUCUUUUCAACAGCCACCGGU